AUGUGGGCGCUGGAGCGGGCGCUCCUGAGGGGCUUCCCCAGCGCCGCGGAGUCCCGGCGGGGGAAGCAGAGCGCGUUGGCCGCGGCAGGAAGUGAAUCCUUACUGCAGUUGCAUUUCGAAGGGAACUAUGAGGCCAUUUUAUUAAGUGAAGUGAUCCAGGAUGUUUUCACUACACUCACGAUGACAGAGGAGAAGAUUGACACCUACUUGGAGAAGCUGAUAGUAGCGUACCUGGACUGUUCUGUUGCAGAUGCUGAUAAUGUGGAAAGACAAAGGUUGAUAUUUCUGCUUGGCGUGGGCAGUUUGCAGCUCUUUGUUCAGAGCAAUUGGACUGGACCUCCUGUUCACUUACAGCCUCAGGACUUUUUGCCAUCUUCAUUGUUACACCAGUUCUGUGAGCCCAAAGCAUUGUGUACAGCUGUUCUGAGUAUGCUGGUUCUGGAUGGUGAAUCAGUCUAUAAUCUGACUUCUCUUCCUAUCUUGCUGAUGUUAGCCAGAGUGAUUCUUGUGCAUUCAAGACAUAAACUUGCUGCUAUUCAGACAUUGCCUUGGUGGACUUUGCGAUAUGUGAAUAUUCACCAGCAGUUGCUAGAGGAGCGAUCACCUGAGCUCUUCGCUCUUGCCCAGAGUUGUAUAGAACAAGUGACAAACUUAGAGACUUUGUUCACAGAUGAUGAAUGUUGGCAUUUGGCAGUUCAGUUCCAUCUUGAAUGUGCCUAUACAUUUUUGAAUUACUACGAGUAUAAAAAUGCUAAAAAGCAUUUCAGCGCAGCUAAGGACAUAACCAAACUACAGAUUAAUUUGACAGGUGCUUUGGGAAAAAGGACACGAUUUCAGGAAAAGCAUGUAGCACAGCUGCUACUUGAUGUCCAAAGAAAAGAUGAUGUCCUCCUUCCUCACCAUGAGUUAAGCCCAGCACCUACUGCUCUAGAAAAUUUAACAAAGAAUUAUGAUUUAAAUGAUGACACAGUGCUAAAUGAGAUAAAAUUAGCAGAUGCUAAUCAGUACCAGUUGCCUGACUUAUGUGCAGAAGAACUUGCUGUUAUCCUUGGAGUUUGCAUAGAUUUCCAAAAGAACAACCCAAUACACAAGCUAACUGAAGAGGAGCUUUUAGCAUUUACAUCGUGUUUACUUUCACAACCUAAAUUCUGGGCCAUUCAAACUUCAGCCUUACUUCUCCGGACAAAGCUUGAGAAAGGAAGCACUCGUCGAGUGGAACGGGCAAUGAGGCAGACUCAGGCACUUGCAGAUCAGUUUGAAGACAAGAAAACAUUGGUAUCUGAACGACUGAAGAUUUUCUACAGUUGUCAGGUGCCUCCACACUGGGCCAUAGAGCGACAACUUGCAAGCUUACUCUUUGAACUGGGGUGCACAAGUUCAGCUCUACAGAUCUUUGAGAAGCUGGAAAUGUGGGAAGCUGUAGUAAUCUGCUAUGAAAGAGCAGGACAGCAUGGGAAGGCGGAAGAAGUCUUGAGGCGAGAGCUAGAAAAAAAGGAAACACCAGGAUUAUAUUGCUUGCUUGGCGAUGUUCUUAAAGAUCACCAGUACUAUGACAAGGCUUGGGAGUUAUCUAAGCAUCGCAGUGCCCGGGCCCAGCGCUCCAAGGGCCUCCUCUAUCUUCGCAACAAAGAGUUCAGAGAAUGUGUGGAGUGCUUCGAACGUUCGGUGAAGAUUAACCCCAUGCAGUUGGGUGUGUGGUUUUCUUUGGGCUGUGCCUAUUUAGCUUUGGAAGGCUAUGACGGUGCUGCCAGAGCAUUUCAGCGCUGUGUGAUGUUGGAACCUGAAAAUGCUGAGGCCUGGAACAAUUUAUCAACUGCAUAUAUCAGAUUGAAACAGAAAAUCCAAGCAUUUCGCACUCUCCAAGAAGCUCUCAAGUGUAACUAUGAACACUGGCAGAUUUGGGAGAACUACCUUGUUACCAGUACAGACAUUGGAGAGUUUUCAGAAGCAAUUAAAGCUUAUCACCGGCUCAUGGAUUUACAAGAAAAGUACAAAGAUGUGCAGGUGCUGAAUAUUCUGGUCAGGGCAGUGGUGGAUGGAAUGGCUGAUCGCAAUGGAGAGGUGGCAACGGGCUUGAAGGGGAAAUUGCAGGAGCUGUUUGGCAGAGUGACUUCAAGAGUGACAGGUGAUGCGGAAAUCUGGAGACUGUAUGCCAGACUCUGUGGAAAUGGACACAGUGAUAACCCUGAAGAUACUGAAAAGUCACUACAGUAUCUCACCAAGGCACAUAAAUGUGAAAUGCAAUCAGCAGAUUGGGAGAAAGAUAUUUCAUCUUUUAAAGAAUUGGUGAAAGGAGCCAUAGAGCUUGCCCAUGUGGCAAUAAAGUGCAGUAAAAACAAAUCUAAUCACCAGGGAGCUUUGCAGAUACUUUCUUCAGCUCGACUCAACCUGCGUGGAUUGUCGUCCAAAGCAAAGCAACUUUUUGCCGAUGCAACAAGCAGUGAGGUUUCUAGUGAAUUAGUUGAUGAAGUAACAGCUAUGGACAGCAUGAUUGCUGAACUGCAAGAAAUGAGCAACCAGCUGAGGAAUCAGUGCUGA